AUGUCUUUCACCGACUUCUCCAAGAUCGAAACCUUGAAGGAACUAAACACCUUCUUGGCCGACAAAUCAUACGUCGAAGGUACUGCUGCUACCCAAGCCGACGUUGCCGCUUACAAGGCCUUCCAGGAAGCCUACCCAGACUUCUCCAGAUGGUUCAACCACAUCGCCACCAAGUCCGGUCUAUUCUCUUCCCUUCCAGCUGCCUCUGGCAAGGCUCCAGCCGCUGCUGUCACUGAAGAAGAGGAGGACGAUGACGAGGUUGACUUGUUCGGCUCUGACGACGACGAGGUCGACGAGGAAGCUGAAAAGUUGAAGGCCAAGAGACUUGCCGAAUACAACGCCAAGAAGGCCUCUUCCAAGCCAAAGCCAGCUGCUAAGUCUAUCGUCACCAUGGACGUCAAGCCAUGGGAUGACGAGACCGACUUGGAACAGAUGGUUGCCAACGUCAAGUCCAUCGAGAUGGACGGUCUAACCUGGGGUGCUCACCAAUGGAUCCCAAUCGGUUUCGGUAUCAAGAAAUUGCAGGUCAACUUGGUCGUCGAAGACGCCAAGGUCUCUUUGGAAGACCUGCAAGUGGCUGUCGAAGAGGACGAGGACCACGUUCAAUCUACCGAUAUUGCUGCUAUGCAAAAGUUGUAA